AUGGCCCAGGUCAAGAAGCAACAACAGCAACAACCUCGUCACGGACGCAAGAACAAGACGCUUCAAAAGAAGGAGGAAUUGGAAUCGAUCGAGAUCAAGGCUGCACACCCUGAAAACUACACCGAGACGCAAUUCUUUGACGAUCUUCCAAUCACUGAAAAGACCGGCAGUGGAUUGAAGCGAGCCAACUUUCGACAAUUGACAGAUAUUCAACGCAAAGCGAUUCCUUUGGCACUGGCGAAGCGUGAUGUGCUUGGAGCAGCCAAGACUGGAAGCGGCAAGACAUUGGCAUUCCUUAUUCCAGUCCUCGAGAUAUUGGAACGAGCCAAAUGGACCCGAGAUGAUGGCUUAGGUGCCUUGGUGAUUUCGCCCACACGUGAAUUGGCAGUGCAGAUCUUUGAAGUCUUGAAAAAGAUUGGAAGGAACCAUAGUUUCUCGGCUGGUUUGAUCAUUGGUGGCAAGGAUUUCCAAGCAGAGAAGGAGCGUAUCGCCUACAUGAACAUCUUGAUUGCUACACCAGGUCGAUUAUUACAACACAUGGAUCAAUCUAUUGGUUUUGAUUGUGACAAUUUACAAAUGUUGGUGUUGGAUGAAGCGGAUCGUAUCAUGGAUCUUGGUUUUCAAAAGACGAUCAAUGCCAUUGUUGAGAAUUUACCACGCAGUCGACAAACGCUCUUGUUUUCAGCUACACAAACUCGCUCUGUAAAGGAUCUUGCACGCCUAUCUCUCAAAGAUCCCGAAUACGUGGCCGUUCAUGAAAAGGCAGAGCACAGCACGCCCAAAAAGUUGACGCAGCAUUAUGUGGUGUGUGAAUUGCCACGCAAAUUGGAUAUCUUGUGGUCGUUUAUCAAGACGCAUUUGAAGCAAAAGACGAUCGUAUUCAUUUCGAGUUGCAAGCAAGCACGUUUUAUCUUUGAAUGCUUUUGUAAAUUGCAACCUGGUGUGCCAUUGUUACAUUUGCACGGCAAACAAAAGCAGCAAAAGCGAGUCGAGAUUUUCCGCAAAUUCACCACUUCUCAAUAUGCGGUUCUUUUCUGUACGGAUAUCGCUGCACGUGGUCUUGAUUUCCCUGCUGUCGACUGGGUCUUACAAUUGGAUUGUCCAGAAGAUGCUGAUACCUAUAUUCACCGCGUCGGUCGUACCGCUCGUUAUGAUGCUGAAGGUCAUGCUUUGAUGAUGUUGCUUCCCACCGAAGCUGAAGGCAUGCUGGAGGAACUUGAAAGGAAAAAGGUCCCUAUUGAAGAAAUCAAGAUUCGCGAGAACAAGAAACAAUCCAUCCAAACACAAUUACAAAGCUUCUGUUUCCAAGAUGCUGAAAUCAAGUACCUUGGUCAAAGAGCUUUUGUAUCCUACAUGCGAUCAGUAUACCUCCAACGCAACAAAAAGAUCUUUAAGGCGACCGAACUUCCAGCAGAGGAAUUUGCACAUGCCCUUGGUUUGGCUGGUGUGCCCAAGAUCAAGUUUAUCACUCAGGCACAAGCUGCAGAAGCUGCCAAGGCCAAGAAAUUGGAGGCAUUGAAGGAACCUGCCGAAGAGGAUGAAAAGAAGGAUGAGGUCAAGACCAAGUAUGAUCGUAUGUUCCAGCGCAAGAACCAAGAUAUCCUUUCAGAGCAUUACAACAAGUUGGUCGACUUUAACGAUGCCAUUGGCAAGGAUGAGGACGAGGACUUUUUCACCGUGAAUCGUGCCAACCAUGACUUGAGCGGUUCAGAGGAUGAAGCCGAAAUGAGAGAAGCUGAAGCUGAGAACUUAUCCAAGCGACAAGCCAAGAUGACCAAAAAGGAAAAGGCCAAGCGUGCUCCCAAAGGUGAACGUAUUGUCUUUGAUGAUGAGGGCAAGCCACAUCAAUUGUAUGAAAUGGUGGAUGAGCAAGAUUUCUUAAAGGCGGGUGAUGCCAAAUCACAGCAACAAGCUUACAUUGAUCAAGAAUCCAAGCACAUGCAAGAAGCCGAUGUAGCAGACAGAGAACUUGCAAAGGAAAAGCGCAAAGAAAGGAAUCUCAGACGCAAGUUACGAGAGCAACAGGAGGCUAUGGCAGAUCAAGAGAUGAGUGAAGAAGAGGAAGAGGAAGAGGAUUAUAGCCAAGAAGAAGAAGAAGACGAGAGUAUGGAUGAAAGUGAAGUGGAUGAAGAACGUGAAGAAUUCAAGCGGAAAUGGGCAGCAGCACAAGAAGAAUCAUCGGAUGAAGACGAGCCAGCUAGCAAAAAGAAACGCGUUAUUGAAGUGGAUGAACCCCAGUCCCUGCGGGAUCAGGAAGAGCUUGCUCUCAAGUUGUUGGGAGCUUAA